AUGUUACGUUAAAACACCACUGGAAACAUCUAAACUAAACUUGCAAAUAACAAAAAGACAUUGAAUGCCUCUUAUUCAUCUAAAUUAGAAGCAAAGCAGCAAACAAUAUUCGCUCAAAGAAGAGUAGUAGCUCCUACAUACUCCAAUCAAGACAAGGAGAAUUUCACCAACAGUGCAAUUUUGAGCAAUAAACGUCAGGAUAAAAUGGCUUAAAAAGACAAAAAACUCAGCUUGAAAUAGAAAAAGAAGAUGAAUACUGAGGUUAAGAUUCGUAUGAAGUCGAGAGUGAGAUUCGCUGGCUAGACUAUCAGCGGAGCAGCAAAUGAGUUCAGGGAAUGCAAGAGUAUUAAAUCUGAUAGAAGCUCAAUUUUAACGAUCAAAGAUGAGAGAACUUCAAGAAAAAGAAAUAACUCAAGCCAUCAGGAGAAGAAUUUCUCAUCACCAGGGCCAUCUUAGUAGAAGAGAGCUCGCGUAGAUCAUUAAAUAUCUUGCGGAAAUUCGACAAAUUCAACUGGAAAUGACAGUUUUAACCCCCUACUUAGCAGUGCUGCAUCUAGUGGCCAAACCAGACAGAGCAUUAAAUCUAGUGUGACAGUGUCCUCUUUCAGCUAAUUACCAAUGAGGCAAAAGACAUCAACAGCAUUAAAGGAAGAAGCUAGAAGAAGAGCUGCCUCAAAAAUAAAGCAUGAAGUUAUACAGUUUGAAGAUAAAAUCUCAGGCCAUAUGUUAGAUUUCAACAUUUAUGAGGAGAGGGAUUUGCCAUUCAUGAACUAAAAUACCGAUAUGGGAGUUAUCAUUAGAAAGACUAUUAUUGAUGGAGAUGUGGAUGAUGAUUGUGCUACAGAUGGUGAGCAGAGAAAUGACGCGAAAGAUAUGCUGAAGAAUGAGCUUGCUAGCGCAAUCAAUAAAUAUCUUUCAGAUAAGAGAGAUGGGACCCAAGCUAAUUUCAUCAAGAACAUCAACCCGAUGAAGAGAUUCCAGAGAUCUCCAUUCUGCUGA